GGACGUCACGUCCCUAUGUCCUCCACCGGUAGUGACGUCACGCAGGGUUGCUUGCUCCCGUUUUGCUCGCCCGACGUCACUCGCACGCGACGGAAGGAAGCGAACGGAGAGGGAGCGGAGGUCGAAGAGCGACCCGGAGGUCGUGGUGCCAGGACGGGAACGAUGAACGAGGGAGGAGAGAUGAAGAUCUACUGCCCGAUAUGCAACUGGGUGGUGAUCAGCCUGCCCGCCUUGGAGGACCACAUGACGAAGCACAAGGGCCUGACCAAAUCCGUGCUGUAUCAGUGCCCCCACUGCCCAUACAGCACAGACAAAGCGGCCACUCUGAUCAGCCACCAGAGGAGCCACGCCGACGAGAAGCUCUACAAGUGCUGGGUGUGCGAUGAAGUUUUUGCGAAUUCAGAAGACUACUGCUCCCAUCAGACCACGCACAUCAAUCGAGCGCGACGCAGGAAGUCGAUCGUCCAACCGCCAAAAGACGUCUCACCGGACAAGAGAAUCCGAGCGGGCGAGAGGCCCUACCACUGCAACGUCUGCGGGGUGGACUUCACUCAGUCGCAACACCUCCUCAAACACCAGAGGAUCCACACGAACGAGAAGCCGUACGCGUGCACCGUGUGCGGCAAGGCGUUCGUCCGCUCGGCCAACCUCGUCAUCCACACUCGGGUCCACACGGGCGAGAAGCCGUACAAGUGCGCCAUGUGCGGCAAGGCAUACAGCCAGUCGACGGCUCUCAUCAACCACAAGAGGACCCACACGGGCGAGAAGCCCUAUGGGUGCGUGGUGUGCGGGAAGCGAUUUGCCCUGUUGAAGGUUCUCGUUCAACACGAGAGGACCCACACGGGCGAGAAGCCCUACGAGUGCCCCACGUGCGGCAAGUCCUUCACCCAGUCGGGCACCCUGGUCAUCCACAAGCGCACCCACACGGGCGAGAGGCCGUACACGUGCGAUGUGUGCGGCAGGUCGUUCACGCACUUGGGCACCCUCCACGUGCACAAGAAGACGCACGCGGGCGGGAGUCCCUUCACGUGCCCCACGCGCGGGAAGGCCUCCACUGAGGCAGGGAGCCUCCGGGCGUGCCGGCAGGCCCGCGCGGGCUCCAGCGCGUCGCCGCCGCCAGCCCGUCCCCUCCUCCGCCGUCGCGCCCGCGGGAGGGCUGGGCUCCACGAGGGCACGAUUGCCACUGGGGAGGUCGUGGCGAGCCUCGGGGGCAAGGUUCCCACAGCGACCCCCUCGGCAACCCCUUUGGCGACCCCCUCGGCAUCGCUAUCAGAACACGGAGAGACCCUCAGCUUUGAGACGUUGCCAGGGGUGAAGGUAGAAUGCGACGGUGAAGAUCCUUCCGCCUCCCUACCGAUCGUGAAACGGGAGUGCGGAGGGAUCGCCAGCUUCGAGACGUGGCCGGGGGUGAAGGUGGAAUGCGACGGUGAAGAUCCUUCCGCCUCCCUACCGAUCGUGAAACGGGAGUGCGGAGGGAUCGGCAGCGUUGAGAUGUGGCCGGGGGUGAAGGUAGAACUUGGGGUGGAGGAUUUUUCAGUUCCCCUCUCGAUCGUGAAGCAGGAACAGGAAGAAAGCCCCGGCUGUGAGACGCAGCUGGGUCUGCACGGGUCAACCGUGUCUGGUGCCAAUUGGGGUGACGCACUGCUGCCGGCGGAUGAGCCGCAAGCGCUAUCUGGCGACGUGACCAUCGUGCAGACCACUGCAGAUGGAGCCGGACCCAUCGAUUUCUGCCAGCACAGGCACCGCAGCCAGCGUGAGCAGCAUGCCUACUCUUCAACCACUCCAGCGGUGGACGUGGAGCCUAGAAGUGGGAUCCCCGUCAUGCUGCUCAAGUCCAUCGCCACCAUUCUUCUCGUCGUCGUCUCCGUCUGCACCAUCCCGGGGCGCCGCUAUCAUGUCUCGUCACCCAAACGCCCAAUGCUCGUGACGUCACGUCUCGUCGCCCACAUCAGCGGACGUGACGUACCCAUUCGACGCACUCCCCCCCUCCUCGUCGUGACGUCACGCUGGCGUUGCUUGCUCCCGUUUUGCUCGCCCGACGUCACUCGCACGCGACGGAAGGAAGCCGAAGGAGACGGAGCGGAGGGCGAAGAGCGACCCGGAGGCCGUGGCGUCAGGACGGGAACGAUGAACAAGGGAGGAGAGAUGAAGAUCUACUGCCCGGUCUGCAACUGGGUGGUGGUCAGCCUGCCAGCCCUGGAGGACCACAUGAAGCAGCACAAAGGCCUUACCAAGUCCGUGCUGUACCAGUGCCCCCACUGCCCAUACAGCACGGACAAAGCGGCCACUCUGAUUGGCCACCAGAGGAGCCACGCCGACGAGAAGCUCUACAAGUGCUGGGUGUGCGAUGAAGUUUUUGCGAAUUCGGGAGACUACUGUUCCCAUCAGAGCAUGCACAUGAUGCGGGCGCGACGCAGGAAGUCGAUCGUCCCACUGCCAGGAGACGUUUCACCGGAAGAGAGGAUCCGCGCGGACGAGAGGCCCUACCACUGCAACGUCGGCGGGGUGGACUUCACUCAGUCGCAAAACCUCUUCAAACACCAGAGGAUCCGCACGAAAGAGAAGCCAUAUGUGUGCACCAUGUGCGGCAAGGCGUUCGUCCGCUCGGCCAACCUCGUCAUCCACACUCGGGUCCACACGGGCGAGAAGGCAUACAAGUGCGCCAUGUGCGGCAAGGCAUACAGCCAGUCGACGGCUCUCAUCAACCACAAGAGGACUCACACGGGCGAGAAGCCCUAUGGGUGCGCGGUGUGCGGAAAGCGAUUUGCCCUGUUGAAGGUUCUCGUCCAACAUGAGAGGACCCACACGGGCGAGAAGCCCUACGAGUGCACCACGUGCGGCAAGUCCUUCACCCAGUCGGGCGCCCUGGGCAUCCACAAGCGUACCCACACGGGCGAGAGACCAUACACGUGCGACGUGUGCGGCAGGUCGUUCACGCACUUGAAGACCCUCCACGUACACAAGAAGACGCACGCGGGCGGGAGGCCUUUCACGUGCCCCAAGCGCGGGAAGGCCUCCUCCGAGGCAGGGAGCCUCCGGGCGUGCCGGCAGGCCCGUGCGGGCUCAAGCGCAUUGACGCCGCCGGCCCGUUCCCCCCUCCUCCGCCGCGGAGCCUGCGGUAAGGCCAGGCUCCACGAGUGCGUGAUUGCCGCUGGGGAGGUCGUGGUGAGCCUCGGGGAUGAGGGUCCCACAGCGACCCCCUCAGCAACCCCUUUGGCGACCCCCUCGGCAUCGCUAACAUCAGAACACGGAGAGACCCGCAGCUUCGAGACGUUGCCAGGGGUGAAGGUAGAAUGCGAUGGUGAAGAUCCUUCCACCUCCCUACCGAUCGUGAAACGGGAGUGCGGAGGGAUCGCCAGCUUCGAGACGUGGCCGGGGGUGAAGGUGGAAUGCGACGGUGAAGAUCCUUCCGCCUCCCUACCGAUCAUGAAGCGGGAGUGCGGAGGGAUCGCCAGCGUCGAGACGUGGCCAGGGGUGAAGGUAGAACUUGGGGUGGAGGAUUCUUCAGUUCCCCUCUCGAUCGUGAAGCAGGAACAGGAAGAAAGCCCCGGCUGUGAGACGCAGCUGGGGUGAAGGUGGCACACAGGAGGCCAAGUCUCUGCUUUGGGAAGUGUGAAGGAGGCUCCAAGCAAGCAUUUCAAGUGAGAGCGAGUCCUCGACUGGGACCUUUGUUAAUUUGGUAGCGCGGGUAGAGGAUGUGUACUCCACAGAGGGGGCAGGUCUAGUGGAAUGGAGAUUAAACACGUGAGAAGCUGACCGAGAGAGAGAAAUGUUGAGAAAAUGUCGCGCGUUACAUCGGCCGUUCGAAAGCACGAGCGUGUCUGCACGACUGUGAAGGUACACAACGUGGAGGCAAUAUUUUUUGUUCUGAGAACAGAUACACGUGAAGUGAAAACUACGUAGACUUUGUUUUAUUUUACCAGGUAAGGCCCACCACUUAGCCACGUAGCUCUUUUUCAGAAGCGACCUGGUCAUCACAAAUGAUACCUCAACGAAGUGGCCUAUCAUCAUGUGGACACUUAUAGCAGCAGCCACAUGCUCUCACACGCCUGGUUAUGUUGAUUUUAAAUGUCGGGGUGGGGGAGGGGUGGAAACUGGAGGACCCGGAGAAAAAUCCACGUGAACCACGGGGAGAGAGACAUGCAAAGUCCAAAUAUACAGCAGGCCGUGUCAGAGCUGGGAUUGAACCCACGACCUCCUGUAUGCCAGACGAGGUAGUUAACAUCUCACCACCAUGUCACCCAACGGUGGAGGAGACGCCAAACCAGAUUUUAAAGGAACAUCAUUUCCCGACCUUUGCCGAUCUGGACGUGUGGGCGACGCAACAGGCAAGGAUGGAUAACGUGCAACGGACUUUAAACUUCGGUAAACACUCUUGAGCGGUGGUUUUUAACUUUCACUGCAGCCUUGCACCCCGUUGGUUUUCAAUUGUUGCAAAAAAUAUUAAGUUGUCUCCUCCCUCGAGACAACAAAGACCAAAAGAUCACCCCCUCCCCUGCCUCGCCGAAACAAAAGACAUCUGGAGGUAAACUAUUCACAAGGUUAUCUUGGGAAAGUUGUAAAACUCGAUUGACCACUACUUCAUCGAAAAAGAAAAAUAGUGAAGCGGAUAGCGCCAAUAUGGGCUGAUGAGAGCAUGCACACGUGACCAUAGUGUUAGGAUCAUUCCUAUUGUGCUCCGAUCAAAGUCAACAUCUCCGAGGGAAGACCUGAGGCCACCGCUAUCGCUACUCUUGAGCGUUCCCAGUACUUCGCCAACCCACAUGCAAAGGAUAGUGAGGGUCGAUUCAGAGACUGACGCGGAACGAUAUAACCUGAUCUGGAGCGUGUCCACUGAACAGAGCUCGAGACAUUCAGACAAUUGGCGGAGGUUUCUCGGAAAGAGGGGGGAAGACACGACGGGCGCUGUCUCUCCCGGCCGUUCCUCAGUCUGCAAGGGUCAAUCGUGUCUGGUGCCAAGGGGGGUGACGCACUGCUGCCGGCGGACGAGCUGCAGGCGCUAUCUGGCGACGUGACCAUCGCGGACACCACUGUAGAGGGAGCCGGACCCAUCGAUUUCUGCCAGCACAGGCGCCGCAGCCAGCGUGAGCAGCAUGCCUACUCUUCAACCACUCCAGCGGUGGACGUGGAGCCUAGGUGUAUACAGCCAAGUUCAAUGAUAUGCCGUGUGCUGACAUACAACCGCCGAUCCAACGCACCCUGCUGGGGACCUGAGGUGUUUUCGGUACGAGGAAACACACCGCUAUCAAGCCGAUCACCGCCUCUGGACCCCAGAACCACCAAUAGCAGAGAUCGUACGUGGACAAACUCAAACCAUUACUAACCACUAGGAUUAUUGGACCUCGUGGUGACUGCCCUUCAACAGACACACACAACAUGCAUAUCGAUACAAGUAAGAUUGUUCUGCGUUGCUUUGGUUUUGCAUAAGGUUGCCAUUCCAAGAUGGUGUGUUAAUUAUUAACUGGUCAUGGAGAAGCAUUGUUGUCCCUUAAGUUGCAUGAAUAUGGUCGUUUGGGAGUAUUUUAGUCAUUUGGUUCUUUUCAUCACGUAAUCUUGCCAAUGAACUCAUUGAUGUCAUACUAGCCAUUGAUAAGCAUCUAUUAGCCAAAUAUACACACUGGCAUGUACACCAUUGUUUCUAAUUGCGUAGUGGCAUAGCGCUGUCUGCUGGCAAAAGAGAGGAUCUGCGGCAUACGGCAGUUCUGACGUCAGCAGGCCAGGAUAUGCAUGAAAGUGGGAUCUAGGGAAAAGGUCACAGAAGGUGGCCAUCGGGAAGCCUUGGGAACCCGCUAGUAGGUUCCAGAAAGGGGGCGUGGCCGGGGUGCUUCGAGCCCACGCUGACAGUUUAAGAGGGGCCCCUUUGGGGGACCUCGGGGCUGUUGCUAGAAGUGGGAUCCCCGUCGUGCUGCUCAAGUCCAUCGCCACCAUUCUUAUCGUCGUCGUCUCCGUCUGCACCAUCCCGGGGCGCCGCUAGUCAGACAGCCUACCAACUAUAUUCUUGGUUCUUUUGGUAAAGUCACGUAGAAGGGAAACAAUAAAAUAAUAAAAAUAUAAAACAAUAAAAUUUUCACGACGUUUCGACUGCAACACAAGCAAUCAUCAUCGGCUGUGGUUUUAACACAUGAUGAUUGUUUCCCUUCUACGUGAAUUUACCGAAAGAACCAAGAAUAUGAAUCCCUGCAGUCACGAAAGCUUUAAAUCAAAAGCCUACCAACUGUUCUAACUAAGUAGUGGCUCUGACAAUAGACGGCUUUAUUAAAUUGCAUGUUAUCCCAUUGGUGCUUGUUAACUAAAGAAGUGCCUACAAGUCUUAAUGUCUCCGAGUUAGUCAUUACAAUUAUACUAAUUAAUUCAUUGAUGCCCCCUUUUGCCAUUGGACACAUGUUUCUUUAGCACGGUUCUAUAUGAAUGUUGUCAUUUUCGAGGACUUUCCUAUUGUCGUGUAUUGUCACGUUACUAUGAGGAGUUAGCCUAUUGCUAAAUUUAACAGCGUAACUAUUGAGAUUUUAAUUGUACAGAUUGAUGAGUGUGAUAUCUACAGGAGUACUCUUGUGGCAAUUCCGAUCAUAAGUGUGUUAGCAAAUUAGAGUGUUUUUACAUAUUAAAGUUGCUUCACACUGAA